GCUACAUGGUGAGAGUGGUUCUGCUGAUCUUGAAGCUAUCAAUCUGAAUCUUUCUAAUAUUAUUCAUACAACUAAUAAAUAUGCUCUACAUGAUAUUUAUAAUAUGGAUGAGAUGGGUUUGUUUUAUACUAUGGCUCCUGAUCGUACUAUUGCAUCUUGCCAAAUUGAAGGAGCAAAAAAAGAUUGUAUAUGGCUUACAAUUGCAUUACAUCUAAUGCUGAUAAACAAUGUAAAAUCCUGGAUGACCGCUAUGUUUUUUCAG